UAGAACAAUCAAUAACAUUUGAGGAAAACAAUGCAGCAACACAUGCCUCUCUAUUCAAAAAGAUUAUUAUAGCCAACACACAACAGAACCCCGAGGCAAAAAUGGUGGUGGAGUAGUUGAAUAAUCUUUACUCCCACACCUUGUUUUUUUCUUCUUUAAUUUGUGUUAACUUCAAGAUUACAAAGAAUCAAUUUAGAUACACAAACCCAAUGCACAACCAAAACAAUUUCCCAAUGCCCAUGUCGAGGCAAGUUUUCACCACCCCCCACAACCACCACCACCACCACCACCACCGCCACUAUUAUCUCCACCACCACCAUCUCAUUCUUCUCCUCCUAACAUUUCUAUUUUCUUUCUCUGCAACUGCUCAAAAUACUGAAGUUGAUAUUCUUCUUACAUGGCUUCACAGUUCUUCUUCUAGUUCAUCAGGUUUCUUGAACUGGAACCAUUUGGAUUCAACUCCUUGUAAUUGGUCUUACAUUACUUGUUCUUCUGACAACUUUGUGUCUGAAAUAAAUAUUCAAUCUGUUGAUAUUGCUCCUCUGUCUUUUCCUGCCAAUCUUUCGUCUUUGUUCCAUCUUGAAAAGUUGAUUCUGUCUGGUGUUAAUCUCACAGGAUCAAUCUCACCUGACAUUGGAGACUGUGGUAAACUAACUGUUCUUGAUGUUAGCUCUAAUGCUCUUGUGGGUACUAUUCCUUCGAGUAUUGGAAAGCUUGCGAAUCUUCGAGAUUUGGUUUUGAACUCCAAUCAGAUUACUGGGGAAAUCCCAGUUGAGAUUGGAAAUUGUACUAAUUUGAAGAAUCUUAUCGUUUUCGAUAACUUUUUGAGUGGGAACCUUCCUGUUGAGCUUGGCAGGUUAUCGGAUUUGGAAGUUAUACGAGCAGGAGGGAACAAGAACAUUGAAGGAAAGAUUCCUGAUGAGCUUGGAGAUUGUAAGAAUUUGCAGAUUCUAGGGUUAGCUGAUACUAAACUUUCGGGUUCAAUCCCUGCUUCUCUUGGAAAACUGCAAAAUCUUCAGACUAUAUCAGUUUACACUACAAUGCUGUCAGGUGUAAUUCCACCAGAGUUGGGCAACUGCUCCAAGCUUGUCAACUUGUUCCUUUAUGAGAAUGAUCUUUCAGGUUCGAUUCCGCCGCAGUUGGGUAAGCUUCAGAAUCUGGAAAAAAUGUUGCUUUGGCAGAAUAAUUUUGAUGGGACUAUUUCUGAAGAAAUUGGCAACUGUAAGAACCUGAAAAUUAUUGAUCUCUCUUUAAAUCUUUUUUCUGGUGGUAUACCGCAGUCUUUUGGGAAUCUAUCAAAUCUUGAAGAGCUUAUGCUAAGUAACAAUAACAUCUCUGGUUCGAUUCCCUCUGUUCUUUCAAAUGCAAGAAACCUGUUGCAGUUGCAGCUCGAUACUAAUCAGAUAACAGGUUCAAUUCCGGGGGAGCUCGGGAAGUUGACUGAACUAACUGUCUUUUUUGCCUGGCAGAAUAAUCUCGAGGGAAGUAUUCCUGCAGAAUUAGGUGAUUGCAGGAGCCUUGAAGCUUUAGACUUGUCACAUAAUUCGCUUACUGGUAGCUUGCCUCCUGGAUUAUUUCAGCUUCAGAAUCUAACCAAGCUUCUCUUAAUUUCUAACGGCAUUUCUGGUUCGAUUCCUUCUGAGAUUGGUAACUGCAGCUCUCUUAUUCGGUUUAGGCUUGUAGAUAACAGAAUCAGUGGAAAUAUUCCUAAAGAAAUUGGUUUCCUGAAAAGCCUCAGUUUCCUGGACUUGUCUGAUAACCAUAUUGGCGGCGUGGUACCAGCAGAAAUCGGCAAUUGUAAUGAGCUGCAGAUGCUGAGUUUAAGCAACAAUACUCUUCAAGGUAAUUUGCCUCACUCUUUAUCUUCUCUGACAAAGCUUGAGGUAUUGGAUGUUUCUGUAAAUCAAUUUGAAGGUGAAAUUCCAUUGGAUUUCGGCAAUCUUAUCUCACUCAAUAGACUUAUUCUAAGUAAAAACUCGUUUUCUGGAGCGAUUCCUUCGUCUCUUGGCCAUUGUUCAAGUCUCCAGUUGCUUGAUCUUAGCAGUAAUGAGCUUUCAGGCAUUAUUCCAGUAGAAUUAUUCGACAUUGAAGGUCUCGAUAUUGCUUUGAACUUGAGUUGGAAUGAACUAUCCGGGAUAAUUCCGCCGCAGAUUUCUGCUCUGAGUAAGUUGUCCGUACUUGAUCUUUCACAUAACAAGCUUGGGGGAAGCUUAGUUGCACUUGCUGACCUUGAAAAUCUUGUUUCGUUAAACAUCUCCUUCAAUAAUUUCACCGGCUAUCUUCCUGACAGCAAAUUAUUUCGACAAUUAUCAGCAAGAGAAUUGGCAGGUAAUCAGGAGUUAUGUUCUAAGGGCCAUGACUCAUGUUUCAUAAGCAACGCCACAUUGACAAGCAUGUCAAAUAAUGGUCAUUUCAAGCGAACAACAAAGUUUAAAGUGGCCAUUACAUUGCUGGUCACCUUGACUAUAGCCAUGUCAAUUUUAGGAGUCAUUGCAGUUCUUCGAGCUCGAAAGCUAAUAAAAGACGACUGUGAAUCAGAAAUGGGAGGAGAUUCAUGGCCAUGGAAGUUCACUCCGUUUCAGAAACUAAACUUUUCAGUAGAACAAGUUCUGAAAUGUUUAGUAGAAGCUAACGUAAUCGGAAAGGGAUGUUCAGGAAUCGUGUAUCGUGCAGAACUAGGAAACGGAGAAGUAAUUGCAGUGAAAAAGCUCUGGCCAGCAACAAUAGCUGCACGAAAUGAUCGCGAAAAUGACAGAAUAGGAAUUGGAGGAGUUCGCGAUUCCUUUUCAGCUGAGGUAAAAACUCUCGGCUCUAUCCGUCACAAGAACAUUGUUAGAUUCUUAGGCUGCUGUUGGAAUCGAAACACGAGAUUGCUUAUGUAUGACUACAUGCCGAAUGGAAGUUUAGGCAGUCUUAUUCAUGAAAGAAGUGGCGGCUGCUUGGAAUGGGAAGUUAGGUAUAAAAUAGUUCUGGAAGCAGCACAAGGUCUUGCUUAUUUACACCAUGAUUGUGUCCCUCCAAUUGUUCAUAGGGAUAUCAAAGCCAACAACAUUCUCAUUGGCCCUGAAUUUGAACCUUAUAUUGCUGAUUUUGGACUUGCCAAACUUGUCGAUGAUGCUGAUUUUGCUCGCUCUUCCGCAACUGUUGCUGGUUCCUAUGGUUACAUUGCUCCAGAGUAUGGAUACAUGAUGAAAAUAACAGAAAAGAGCGACGUAUAUAGUUACGGUGUGGUGGUAUUAGAAGUACUAACAGGAAAACAACCGAUCGAUCCAACGAUACCAGAAGGGCUGCACAUUGUAGAUUGGGUUCGGCAGAAGAAAGGAAAGACUGAGGUGGUCGAUCCAAGCUUACGUGCUCGUCCGGAAUCCGAAAUAGACGAGAUUUUGCAGACAAUAGGAGUAGCUUUGCUUUGUGUAAAUCCAUCUCCUGAAGAAAGACCUACCAUGAAAGAUGUGUCGGCAAUGCUGAAGGAGAUAAGGCAGGACAGGGAAGAUCAGUGCUUGAAAGUUGAAAUGCUAAUGAAUGGCUCUGCGACGAAUAAUCGAACCGUUGUGGUGCAACAUUCAUCGUAUCCGCAGAGUAGUAACUCCAGCUUUUCUGAAUCUUCUAUGGCCAAGAAACCAUUCAAAUAAAUUAAAAGAAAAAUAGUUUCUGUUUGUGUAAUUUGUUUCGGCCAGGUUCAAUUCCAAACAGUUACAUUUGAGGGAUUUUUGGAUAAUUAAAAUCCAUGAAGUUUAUACAGAAUUCAUCUUUUCGUAAA